AUUGUAGUUCGGCGACGUAGUCAACGUCACAUAUUGCUUCGGCAAAGUCUCUCGAAGUCAGUUUUCUUACGAGCACGACGUUUCACAUACUUAUCUUCGCACUGUAAUUUUUAUCUGUUUAGCUUCAAAGCCUUAAGUAGAAAUCCGCAGGAAGGGCGAGUCUGCACGAUGGACUCGCUCUUGCAGAAGCCUGGGCAAAAGCCCCCGCCAGUGCAGGGCAGGCAUGUAGACAAACUUGACACGCUUCCAGAUGAGCAGCUAAAGAAGCAAGACGAGGCGUAUCUGGCCAAGCACCAACUCGACAAGCUGUUCGGGGAGUGCCUACAAGGACUCGUGCAGGAGAUGCCCCGUGACCCGGUGCAGUUCAUCAUUGACAGCGUGCACUAUGGGGUAGACCAGGCGAAGCAGGACCCGGUAACUGGGUUGCCACUGCACCGGAAAACCAAGUUGCUGGAGCUGUUCCGCGUCAUCGACAAGCAGGACACGGGGCGAAUCUCCUUCCGGUCCAUGCAGAUGUACGCGAACCGGUACGGCGGCCAAACGCUGGGGCCGGAGGAGCUGAGCAGCAUCUUCACGGACUUCAAGGCCGGCAGCGACAACCUCAUCACGCAGGAGGAGUUCCUUGUGUUCUUCUCCCGAGUCAGCAAAACCAUCACGAACGAGCAGUUCGAGUCGAUGGUCAAGGAGAUGAUCAACUGAUUCAUGUUUGGUACACGUGGACAGGGGUAUCUAGUGGUCUAGGUUGGCGCGGGCCGACGGGAGAUGGAGCAAGAGAGGCGUCUGGCACGAGUGCCUGGGAUGUGCUGAUGCAGUAUGGCGUGCCUCUCAUGGGGUUUUGAUGUGACGCGGGUGGCACACGUAAUAGGAGAUAAGCGUGCGAGCAAAGGACUCGUGUGAUGCAGCUGCGAGCAUUGGAGGGCCUGGGCGCUCCUAGGGCGGGUCCGGUCCAAUGUUGAAGUAAAGCCGGCGGUGGCGGUGGUGGAGCGCAAGGGGCAUCGCCUCAAGUGGAGUGGCAUUGUCUAGACAAGCAUGUAGCUGGACGAGAACGGGAAGGAUAAUCGGUGUGCAUGUCUGGAGCACUGACGAACACAAACAACUUGCCGCCUUGCGGGACGUGCAUCGCUGCUUUAACGUUUGGUCAUGC